UUGUGUAAAGACCUGAUUACAAAAUCGUGUCAGUUUGCAGUACAUUGAUUCACCCUGUUGCUACCUUCAUUGGUGGAGUGUAAUCAAGCUCUUCAAUGUGUUCCAGAAAGAAAGAUGAGGCUGCCUUUUACUUAUUGUGUUGGAAGGAUGCAACGCCAUUGAAGGCACUACUUCAAUCUAUUACGAUUGGUAAGAUGAUUGUCAUUGACUUAUUUUCUGAUGUCAAACCGAUACAACAAAUGUCCUCUUAGUUCUAUAUGGAAUAUUGGAAUGUAUGGAGUUCUAGAUUCAAUUCCAUCUGGCCCUACUGAUGCAUGUGCAAGGUUUGUGUUGGCAUGUGCAUGGAGGAAAUAAUAGAGCAUAAUCCAGUUGUUUAUAUCUAAAUGGCAUUCGUAGUCAAAGGGUUUAGGUUGAGGUACUUGGUAAAUGGAACACGAUUAACCCAGACAACAGGCUUGCUCCAUCGGAAAAAAUGGUAUCGUGGCUAGAAAAGGAUAGCGGCCAAGUUUCUUCUAUGUGUUGGUGAUAUUAGUCAUGUCCUCGAUUCUUGGAAGAUAUAUAGCGAUCUGUGGGGGUAGCAGCCGGAUGUCUGCAAGUUUCAUUUUUGCGGGAUGAAGCGGGACGCCACAUUGCCAGCCUAUGAUGGCCUGUGAAAAGGAAGCUGGAAACUGAAUUUAGAUAAUAUUUUUUCUGAACAUUUCCUGUUUUAGAGUACAUAUGUCCAUCUUAUUCCUUCCUCGCUAAUUUAAUUCUAUUUUGCAGCCAGGCUUUGGAUUCUUACACCCCAGCAUUAGUGUUCGUGGAGUCCAUCGUUGUUGCAGCAACUUCUUGCGAUCUUCAUGUAUGGUUCCUAUUACGAGCUUAACUCGCUGGCACCAGCUGAAGAGCUUAUCCGUCCAAGAGAUCAGGAGUGGAUGCAUUUUGGGAUCAUCCUGGUUGUGUAUUCUGAUCGGUUGAAUAUGGAUGUUGUUUCCGCGGAAGAAAGAAUAGUUGACCUGAAGUCAAAAGGAAAGGAAGCAUUUGUGAAGCAGGACUACUUUACAGCAAUGUACUACUACGGAAUGGUGAUGGAGAUAGACCCUCUUGAUGCCACCCUGUAUGCCAACCGGAGCCUCUGCUGGCUGCGGAUGCGAGAAGGGGACAGAGCUUUGCUAGACGCUCGGCAGUGCAAAACACUGCGCCCUGGUUGGGCCAAGGCAUGGUACCGACAGGGCUCAGCUCUCAGUUUCAUGGAGGACUACCGAGGAGCAGUUGGUGCGUUCCAGGAGGCGCUGAGACUCGACCCUGCGAGCAAUGAGGUCAAGAAGGCAUUAAGUGAGGCCACGAGUAAGGCUGCUGCUCGCUCUUUUUAAGAGCAGAACCUUUGAUGGAGCUGACAUAUAAGCAAGUGCCUUUGUCUCACAUAUCUGAGAUCACCCUUCUUUUCGUCGGCUACUAAUCUACUACAAGGCCUGCUCGUAUCGCAGUUGCUGCACUCACAAGAGAGCUACCUCCAAUUGAACAAUGUACCGGUGGUGAAGAAAUACAAGUUGUUAGAGAUAUAUACUAAAAGUAUGUAGUUCAUAAAUAUUUUCCUUGGAGUCGAUGUUGACCUCCACCACUAAGCCGCAGCGCCAUUGCUCAAGGGUUCUGAACUUAUACAAAAGCAUAAUAGCUGAAAAAAAUAGUGUGAUAGCGUAAUAAAUUGUCAUAUCUUCCUGCAA